UUAACCCCGCCCCUCUCGUGCCGCAACGAGCGCGUGCGGUGCAGUUUGAGCAACACAUCCUAUCUCACAACAUCUGCGCCACUACACCCCUACGCGGAGGUAUUGUAACCAUUUUUUAUCUUUCGUGCUACAGGUUUGUGCUCCAGUCGAUAUAUUGUCGUUUUACGAAAAGGUAACAUAUCAGCAGAAUUAAUUUAUAUAUCAACAUCGCUGUGUUUAAAAAAAAAAAACUGGCGAGUGAGAAGGAACAUGCAGUUGUGAGAAUAUGCUCUUAGUCUUUUCGCGAAGUCUAGGAGGAAAAUGACUCUUGAGCCUGGUCUGGUCUGCUCACCUGUGUGGGUGCAUAUCGUAUACACAGAGAGGUAAACUUAAAGGCUAAAAGUGCAGCAAAAAUGGAUGGACACACAGAAACACAGGAGAGGAGGGAUGCUGCUGCCGUUGUCGUUGAGAACGAAGCUGAGAGCAAGCAAGUGCAAGAGGGAAAGUCCGAUACAACCGGACAAAAUUACCUGGACACUUGCCCCGUUUGCCAUCUAAACUUUCACAGUCGAGAGCCCAAACUUCUGCCGUGUUUGCACUCUUUUUGCAAGAAAUGUUUGCCUUCGCCCUCGAGGAAUUUGGCCAUGGCAGAGCCACCAAACUCCCAGGUUGACAGCGCGACCAAACCACUGAAUGUGAUCCGCUGUCCGGUGUGCAGGCAGGAGUGUAUGGAGGUAGAUGUGAUGGAAAACGCCUUUGUGAAGGACUCAGUCGAGGCUCCCAGCAGCACAGUGGAGAGGCAGGUCCAGCUCUGUAUGACCUGUGAUGACAGCACUGAAGCUGCUGGGUUUUGUGUGGACUGUGUUGAGUACCUCUGUGCCACAUGUGUGGAGGCCCACCAAAGAGUCAAAUUUACCAAAGACCACGCCAUCAGACAGAAGGCAGAAGUAUCAAAAGAGGUCCACGGUAUGUCUACUCAGAGGCCGAUGUUCUGUGACAUCCACAAACAAGAGCCACUGAAACUGUUCUGUGAGACCUGUGACCUGCUAACCUGUCGUGACUGCCAACUAGUCAAGCAUAAGGACCACAAUUACCAGUUCCUUGAAGAUGCUUAUAAAAACCACAAACAGCACAUGGAGAGCAUGACCCAUCAGCUGCAGGAGAAAAAGAAACUGAUUGAAGACAUAUCAAACUCCAUAAACAAUGGACUUCUUCAGGUUGAUCAGAACCGUAAGUCUGUACAUAAUGAAAUAAAGAAAUCCAUCUGCAGUUUGAUUCUCGAGAUUAACAAAAAGGGCAAGAUGCUAGUUAAUCAGCUUGAGGCUGUAACAAAGGAUCAUGAGAGUGUCCUGCGAAAACAGCACGAGGACAUCGGCUAUCUGUCCAGACACCUGGAUCAUGUCAUCAACUUCACCAAAUGGGCCAUAGCCAGGAAUGGGGGCACGGCCCUCUUAUACUGUAAACGUUUGAUUCUGUUUCAGAUUGGAAACCUCCUGCGGGCAAAAUGUAGUACCUCGUUUAUACCACAGAGCACUAUACGCUUCCAGAGUCAAUCCUCUUAUUGGGCUUCAAAUGUUGAUCUGGGCUCUUUAGUGGUGGAGAGUGUCCCAGGCCACCAGCUGGGUGGUUUUCAGGAUAUCCCUCAUCAGCUCUCGCACGCCGAGCAGGGCCCCUCAGGCUCACCCUACAGCUUUGCCCUGGGAGCACCCCACAAUACUCUGGCUCAGCUCCAGAGGCAGGUGGACAAGCUAAACCCACAGGCCAGCUGGCAGCCCCAACCACCUCCUCCACCUUGGACAUGGUACCAGAGUGUCCGACUACAGCGAACCGUCCCAGGGCUCCUGCUAGGAGGCUCUCCCUCCAACAGUAUGCUUCCCCAACUAGGCCACAGGUUUAUGGUGCCUCCUCCCAAACACAUCAGCCCAACUAGCAGCUUACCGAGAACUGGGUUUACGCCCCAGCCUCUGAGGGGAAUGGGAAGCAGCUCCAGCUACCAACCCAAACCUAUGGACGUAUUUUCCUCUUCACCUCUGUACACCCAUACGACACCACUGGCCAUCAAGGGUGGCGUCAAUUCACCUCAAUCAGGACAGACGAUUGAGCCUACAUAUCUGAAUAGGAGGAAAGAUUCCGGUUGUCCGAUAUAUAUGCUGAAACCAAACUAUCCCCAGAGCCUACCACCUUCUUUGCUCCAUAGAAAUGGACAAGGACAGCAGAAUUCUCUAGGGUACGUUGCUGUAUCCCAGGAGGAGAAAACAGGGACUUUCACCUGGAAACCGCCAGAAACACACCAGGCUAGUGGAGCAGUGGGCUCAGCUGUCAAGAAAAGACGAAGAUCGUCACCAGCGCCCAUCAUUGUUAUUAAAGAUGAGCCUGAUGAUGACAGUAGCUAUGUACAAGCCAACCAAAGAGCAAGCCUCCCUGACAGCACAGGUGACCAACCCCAAAUCAGUGGCCAAGACGAGGGGAACAAAGUCCCGACUCCUCUUCAAAGCACCGACGACAAACCCCAUAGCCCUUUACAACCCUCAAGCAGUCCAUGGGUCCACAGUGAGACUAAAGCUCCAAAUCACAUCCGUUCCCUGGGAGAACCGCAGGUAGACCAGCACCAAGCUCCGCUGAAAGGCUCUAAUGAAGGCUUGUGUGCUGCAUGUCAGACUGGGGGAGAGCUGCUGUGCUGCCAUAAGUGUGCCAAGCUUUUUCACCUUUCGUGCCAUGUUCCAACUCUCCUCACAUCUCCCAGCGGGGAAUGGUUUUGCUCUUUCUGCCGUGACCUGUUAGUGCCUGAGAUGGAGUAUGACUUUGAAAGCAAACCUGAAACCAAAUCAGUAAAAAAGGAGCCAGAUUCUGAAGGAGGAUUUCCCCCUUUGGACAAACAAAAGUGUGAGAGGCUGCUGCUGCACUUGUUUUGCAGCGAGGUACGUGCUAAUAACAGGCUGACUAUAAAAGGACCAAUGGAUCUUUCCGCUGUGAGAAAACGACUGGAAGCCAAGCAGAGUCUGUGCUACCAAAGCCCUGCAGAGUUUGUAGCAGACAUCAGGCUCAUCUUUGGCAAUCGUGCAGUCCUCAGUGAGCAGGCUGACGCAGAGGUCGCCAUGGCAGCCGGGAAACUUAAAGAGCUGUUUGAAGAGCACCUGAGGGUCAUCUUCCCUGACCAGACCUUUCCAGAAAUCAAACUGGAGAUGAUACCUACUGCCCCUCCUGACUCUCAACUCUCAUCUCUUGACAAUAUAUUCCAGCAUGCAAAGCGCCAGCGCACAUAUUCAGACUCCCAGGACACCCCAAGCUGUCCCAGUGGAGAGGGAGUAGCAUGAAAGCACACAUCUUCUUAAAGUGCCCAUAUUAUGAAAAAAACACUUUUUCUGGGAUUUGGGGUGUUGUUUUGUGUCUCUGGUGCUU